GGGGAAUGUCAUUGGAUACCCCUCAAGUUUUUAUCCCAGCCAUUCCUUCUCAAACCCAUCUCCACAUUCUCUAUUACAAAUUCUUGUUGCUCUUUCAGGAAAAGGAUGUUUCUGCAGAAAUAGGACCAGAUUCCUCUGAGGCAGAGAGGACUUCGUUGGACACCAGAGAGAGGCCGCUGGGUGAAAGAAGGAUGCCGGCAAGACCUCCUCCUGCAUCUCUUCAUCCUGGUGGAGGAGAAGCAGCGGCUGAGGAACCGGAUCAGAGCUCAGUUUCUUUUGAAGAUGUCGCUGUUCGUUUCACGGCUGAGGAGCGGGCGUUGCUGGAUCCUGCCCAGAGAGCUCUGCAUAAGGAAGUCAUGGAGGAGACUUGGAGGACCAUGAUCUCUCUGGAUGGUGAUGAAUUAGAAAUUAAGAACAAGGGACAACACGACAAAAUCCUCACAGUGGAGAAGCCAUAUCAAGAUUUGGAGUGUGGGGAGAACUUCAGUCAGAGCUCCCAUGCCACUUCCCAUCAAAGAAAUCCUAUGGGGAAGAAACCCUUUCAGUGUUCGCAAUGUGGAAAGAGCUUCAAUCACAGCUCACAUUUCAAAGACCAUCAAAGAAUUCAUUCCGGGGAGAAACCAUAUAAGUGCUUGAAGUGUGGGAAGUCUUUUCCUACAAGCAAAUGCUUCCGUCGACAUCAGAGUAUUCACAGCGGAGAGAAACCAUAUCAGUGCAUGGAAUGUGGAAAGAGCUUCUCCAGGAAAGAUAGUCUCACUUCCCAUCAAAGAAUUCAUACAGGGGAGAAACCAUUUCAGUGCUUGGAAUGCACAAAGUGCUUUACUACACAAAAAUUAUUUCAUCAACAUCAGAGAAUUCACACUGGGGAGAAACCAUUUCAAUGCCAAGAGUGUGGAAAGAGCUUCAGAUGGAGAGCCUAUUUCACUUCCCAUCAAAGAAUUCAUACAGGGGAGAAACCAUUUCAGUGUCUGGAAUGUGGGAAGAACUUCAAUCGGAGCUCAUGUCUCACUUCCCAUCAAAGAAUUCAUACAGGGGAGAAACCAUAUAAGUGCUUGGACUGUGGGGAGUCUUUUCCUACAAGCAAAUACUUCCGUCGACAUCAGAGUAUUCACAGCGGAGAGAAACCGUACCAGUGCAUGGAAUGUGGAAAGACUUUCUUCAGGAAAGAUAGUCUCACUUCUCACCUCAGAAUUCAUACAGGGGAGAAGCCGUAUCAGUGCCUGGAAUGUGAGAAGUGCUUUACUACAAGAAGAGACUUGCAACAACAUAAGAGAAUUCACACUGGGGAGAAACCAUAUCAGUGCUUGGAGUGUGGGAAGAGCUUCAGUCAGAGGGCCAAUCUUAUGUCCCAUCAAAGGGUUCAUACGGGGGAGAAACCAUAUCAGUGCGUGGAAUGUGGGAAGAGCUUCAGUCGGAGCUCAAGUCUCACUUCCCAUACUAGAAUUCACAGUGGGGAGAAAGCAUAUCAGUGCUUGGAAUGCAAGAAGAGGUUUACUACAAGCACACACUUCCGUCGACAUCAGAAAAUUCACACUGGGGAGAAACCAUUUCAAUGCCAAGAGUGUGGAAAGAGCUUCAGUCGCAGGUCUCAUCUCACUUUCCACCAAAGAAUUCAUACAAAGGAGAAUCCCGAAUAGUGCUUGGAAUGUGGAAAGAGCUUCACCUGGAAUAAAUAUUUCACGUCCCAUGAAGCAUCUGGUGGGGGCUGGGGCCAUUUCAUCCAUCUCAAGGCCUCCACCUGCACUCUCAAAGCAUCCCCACCCACCCAGUUUGUAUGUGACUAGAGGUGGGUGUGACCUCACCUGCCCAGGUAACAAAGAGCAGGACUGGUCAGCCACCUCUCUCUCUCUCUCUCUCUGACUACUUUCAUCAAAGAAGCAACAUCUGCUCAGCCUAAGAUGCCCUCUUGGCUUGCAGCCAAGAUAGGACAAAGGGACUGUCUCCUUA